AUAGUUCGUACUUCACACGCCAUCGAAAUAAAAUCGACAGAGCACCAGAAAUCUACUAUACAUACUACUAUCAUGGAAACGGGUCUGCUUGAAACAGACGAUCGUCUCCAUGGUAACGAUACCAACGAUGCACGGAGAGAUUUGAAUAAUGCUGGAGCGGUGAACUUCACGCUUAAUUUACCUAUUGAUUUGGAAGAACACACGCCCUCUAUCAACGAAUUAUAUCAGAGGAUAGCAAUCGUUUCUGCCUUCUCCCAAAACCAUUAUCUCGAGGCAUUAUCCUUCAUCGCCAGUGCUCAGAAAUACAUGCCUGAUAAAAAGAUAAUCAUCUACGAUCUCGGAAUAAAAGAAUCAGUUAUACCUAAGGUUAAAAAGUUGUGCAACGUAGAACUUCGAUCAUUUCCUUGGCAGUCAUAUCCAUAUCACGUUAAGAACCUACACAAUUACGCUUGGAAACCGAUCUUAAUAGAUAUUACAUUGAGAGAAUUCGGUGCCAUCUUCUGGGGCGAUGCGUCUAUUCGUUUUAAAACCUCUUUGAAGGAUUUAAUACCCGCAUCCACACGUCACCAUGGGUACAUGAGUCACUGGCAUAGCUUCGAUCCGAAAACCAACACUAAAGUAAGACAUCAAUACUAUUUCACACAUCCCGAAAUGUACGCCAGCUUGGAUGUUGACAGAAGGAAAUACUACGCAUCCAAAAACGAGGCUGCUUACCCAGCGGCAAAUCGACAACUUUACAUCAACGGCUCGGUAAUACAGCGCGCCGUUGUUCAGCCGAUGUUGAGAUGUUCGUUAAAACUUCAUUGCAUUGCUCCUGAAGGCUCGAAGAUAGGAGAACACCGUUACGACGCGUCUUUACUCGCUAUCCUGGUAUACAAAAACAUGAACAAGGAAUGGACUCCACAAAAUAACGACAACGCCAUUUUCGACCGGACGAUCGAUAUUCAGAGGAGUACAAAAGGACACGAAAAAGCCCGGACAUGUGCAAAUCAAUGACUUCCGAUCGUGACUUUUGUUUUUCAACACUAGAAAUUGAUGACUUCCUAUUGUUUUGUAGUCUUUGUUUUUGUUUUUAAAUCUAACCUGUGUUACAAAAUCGUCUCUCGCCAUCGCCAUAUUAUGCUAAUAUAUACAAAAAAAAUUAUAUACAACGCACACUUUUCAAACGAUUUCUCUCGUACAUAAUUUGAUGACGAAUGGUCGGGGUGGGGUGGGGGUAAUUUGGUUGGAGGCAAAGAGACAUACAGGCCGGUAUUCACAAUGGAAGUUUAUUUAAACCAUGUUUUAAAAUUUAAACCAUGGUUUAGUUAGACCAUCGUUGGUGAAUCGCUCUGAGACCAUUGUCUAAGAUUUAGACCGGGCUAAUUUAACCAUGGUUUAAAUUCAAAUUUAGCCCGGGCUUACUAAACCUCCUUUGUGAAUACCGGACAAAGAUUAAUUCUUUGCUUUUACCCCAAAAAUAAAAUAAAUGGAUUAUGUAUCAGUUACACGCAGGGGCGAUGUCAGGAUAUGUUGAAGGGGGGGGGGGGUCAAGACGGCCUAUGAAUCUGAUGUAACUUUCUUAUUUGAAUUUUAAGGAUAUUAUAGAGGACCAGGGGCCCGUUUCAUAAAGGAUUUGCAACUGUUGUAACUUUGCCAUGAUGGCAACUACCAUGGCAACAUGCCUCAGCACUCAGUCAUAAUCAAGGUUUUCAUGGUAGUUGUCAUAAUGAAAAAGUUACAACAGUUGCAACUCCUUUAUGAAAUGGGCCCCAGGACAUAUUUUUUACACUCUUCCUUAUUAUUUCUGUCUUCUCCACUCUCCGCCCACUUUUCACUGCUUGAAAAUCAUCACAGCGGUAACGCCCCUGCCCCCUUGUGGCUCCGACCCUCGUUGCACGAACCAGGUAGGCCUAUGUGUUUAACAAAGCUGUUCGUAAGUUACGAGCGACUCUACGAUCGACUGGUGAGCCUUUCUUGUGUUAAAUGAUACACAACACUUUUACAUUGAUCCUGAUUUAGUUCAUAAGAAAGGGUCAACGGUCGAACGUAAAGUUGAUGGUACGUUACGAACAGCUUUAUGAAACACACAUGCACCAGAACACUUUUUUUCAAUGUAUAAUCUUUUUUUCCUUUUCUUUUCUUCUGUUGUUUUUACCACUCGAAAAGUCAGAGAGGACCACCGCCUCCUGCCCCGCCCCUCUCUACUUAAGGUCACUUCGCGUUUCAUCAACAUUUUACAUUUGACAAGUUGUCGGAUCUGACAACUUUUCUAGAUUUUGAUUGGCUGAGACGUUCAAUUCCUAUGGUAAUGAUCGAAUAGAGCAAGACUUGUCGGAUAAAAUGUCCGUUAACAGUCAGACCGCAGCUCGCGCGAUAAUGAGCAUAUUCACGGAAAUUUAUUCAGCGGCCCUCUAGCGGUCUCCGAAGGAAAACAUGCGAUCAAUUUGGCAAGAUUUUCCCACUGAAUUGGAGGGGCUGAAGUUAUAGCUCUUUACUGGUCGCUAACUUCAGUUUACGUCGAAACGAAUUGUGGUAAGUUAUUCUCAAGACCUUCAUCUACAGUUUGGUAUAUAAUUUUCCAUAUUUCGACAUUUUCAACCUACCAUUUUUACCUCUUUAAUUGAUGCUUAUUUUAGUAAUAUUUUAACUGCGAUUUUGUAGUCGGAAUUUCACUUUUGGUUCCUGACUUUGCUACAUAACCAAAUUGUUUCGAUCAGGAUUUUUUAGAAAGAAGAAAAGUCACUGUUCAAAAUAUGUCAGAACCAACUUGACGCAAACUCACCUUAUAUUUUGAUUUGAGAGAAAAUGAUACCCUAAAAAUCGAGAAAUUUACGUUUUACCCGGAAGUAACCUUCUCGUUCACUCCACGAUGGCGCGAAAUAAUGCCAAAAUUACGUUCGUCGCGGGUUGGUAGAAUUUCGCCUUUGGUCCCAUACGUUGAAACUUCUGUAAUGAUGGCAGAUGGCUCGCAUUAGGCCCUAUAUGUGUCUGUGGACGGUGGACUUGUUUUUUUUUUUAAUUAAGACUCAAUAAUAAAAAAUAUAAACGAAGCUUGAUAAGUAGAUCCCUUCUAAAGUUUUAUUCAAUGAUUAUCAGGUUUCCGAAUUCCAUCAAGUUUUUAUUAUAGAUUGAGAUAUUUCUUGAUUUAUGUUGAAAAUUGUUAACCUUUUUUCUUAAUUAGUCGAAGUUGAGCCCCAUGAUGAUUUUUUCCCCAGCCCAGGCUGCGGUUAAGAAUUAAAUGAUGAUUAGCUCAGACAGUCUACUCUAGAGACUAUAAACAGUUUAAAGUCAAACUAAAAAGUCUGGUACUACCGUACUCAGUAGUAUUUAUAAACUAUUUUGUUCAAAAAAAAAUUGUGGCUGUCACAGACAGUACUUAGAGUUAGACUUAACUUAGUUUAUAGUCUCUUAAUUGACGUACAUACUACAUGUAACAUAAUUCAUACUUUGAAUGGUUAUUUAGUAAUUUAGACUAUUUCUCUCUUUUUUUGUCUCUUCUACACACAGAUCUGCAUACUUGCUGACUCUGGUCUCUGCUUGCUACUUCAUUCUGGGAGAGUCCAUCAUGUACUAUAAUGGUCAGACCAUGAUUUCGACAAAGCCCUUAUUUCGUUUGCAAAUUUUGGACUGAUACAACAGAAAAUUUAUCUUUAUCGAUAUUGGAAACAAAAAAAUUAGAGCACAGUUUUGGGGAGGACUAAGAAUAUAUACUGACUUGGACAGGAAUACAGCUUGACAAAAAUAAAAAUUCACAAUUCAAAACCAAAGAACAUUUUUAAUGUUACUAAUAGUGCAUUACAAGAAACUUUCUACUCAAUCACACAUUCCAAAAUUAAGGGUAAGUCCUUUGAUUAAACACAAACAUGUAGUUGAUUUGCAAUUGAAAUGGAACAUAAGUUUCUUGCAAUGCCCCAUAAUCAUAUUUUGUUCUCAAGCAACUCUGUUAUAUGUUAUCUAAUGUGCUGAAGGUUAAGUGCCAUGUAUGUUCACAAUUUUUUUUUUCGAAGGUAUAAUAUAUUUGUCCUUUUAAACGUUAUUUGAAUGUGGUUACGCCUUGUUUUUGUUUUCCACAGUAAUUAUUGCAUAUAUGAACAGAAGUUAAAUAUUUGUUGUGAAGCACUGUAUGAAUGUUGUGUGAUCAUGGAGCUAUGGUGUGAUGGUAUUAUAAUUAAUUCAUCAUUUUUGUUAUAAGACUGUAAACCUGGUGGAUGUGAGGGAGUGGCCUGGAUGAAAGGAAAGUGAGCAUGUGUCCAAUUACGGAUUUGCAUAUGUUUAGACAAUUUUGUUCGUGGAUAAAUAUUAAUGUGCAUUCCCUAUUCCAAGCAAAGAGUAAAGGAGAAGUCCACCCCACCAAAAAAUUAAUUUGAAUUUAAAGAAAAAUAAAGUAUUGCAGAAAAUUUCAUAAAAACUAUGAUUCAAAAUUUAAAAAAUUACUAUUUUGACAUUGAGAAAUUUGCCUAAUUUUAUAAAACAAUUAUAUGCUCAUCUUGGUCAAUGUGCAAAUUACAGACACGAUUAUGUCACAAGCACUCUAGUUUCUUGUGUAUUUUUUUGUUUGAUACAUGUACAUGACAUGUAUAUUUUAUUUUAAUUUUCAUUAACAAAUUUUGAGAGGGAUUUUUCUGUAUUUAUUCAAAUAAUUUUUUGUUGAUGUGCACUUGACCUUUAACUCACUUCCCUUCCCACCCCUGCCCAAAUAAGUGUAAUCAAGAACUUGAAAAUCAAAAGCAGUGAUUAAGAAGAAGUAAGAAUUAAUCAUAGAGCUAUUAAUAGCUCCAUGAUUUAAUAAAUACAGGCCUAAAUAGAACUUCACAUGAAAGUAAAAAGAGAAUAAAGCUGGGUAGGAACGAUGAAGGAAUAUGAUUUAAAGAAAAAGCAUAAACAUAUCCCCAUCACCCCCCCCCCAAAAAAAAAAAAAAAAAAAAAAAAAAACAGUCCGGCGGGUUCGAACCAGGGUCCUUGCACACGCCAAAACAAUGCGCUUACGCAAUUCGCCAUCGAUCUCUUCCAUACUACUUCCGGGUUUUUUAAGCUAUAUGAAAUGUUGCAAGUCUGUGCGCCGCUGUUGACCAAUCAGAACGCGUCGGCAAUUCUACUGCAAUUCCAAUCAUUUUGCGAUGGACAUUGCCGUGGUUUUUUGUGGUUCCUGACUUUGCUACAUCAUGAAAUUUCAUAAUUCUUUUUCAGUCGUAAAGAAGAAUGUCUACGCUUUAUAUUGAUUAUAAUAUCAAUUUGACGCAAGUGUAAUUUUGGUGCAAAAAUGCACUCUGUUUAUUCACAUAUAUUUCUUGAAAAAAAUCAUUUUUUCUAAGCUAAAUAUCAGUCUUCAAAAUACAUUAAAUGUGCAUUUUAUUUAGCUGAUCAGAAAUUUCAAAGUUUUAUCUAUAAAAUAAGACCAAUUUUGUGAGGAAUAAACGAUUCUAAGAGCAAAAAACACCGAUCGGAAAGUUCGUCUUCACAGCUCAUUACGUAUGCAUAACCACGGACGGCUAUGCAUACCGCUGAAUAAAAUAGAGCACUUUCGGACGGGCUGCGGACUGACUGUUAAGUCCUUUAAUGAAUUGUUCACCUGGAUGGAAAAAAAAUCAUAAAAAAUCGAUGAAUUAUUAAAUAAAACAACUCGUAGCAAAUAUGAUAAUUCGAUGAUACGAUAUGACACGAAACCAGGCUACAGAAAUAGUGUUUCAAAUUCAUGAUUCAAAAUAGUGGAAGACUAAACGGGCAAGGCGACCCAGGUGUGACGUCAUUCAGUUGCAUGAUAUAGUUAUUAUGGAAUAACGCUAUCCAGACAUCUCCAAUUGAUGAUCUUCUUUCUUUUUAUUCUUUGUCCUUCCCCUCCCCUUCUUUCUCUUUAUACUCCUUCUCCUCCUGUGACUAAACCACGAUAUCAGCAUCUGUAUGUUCAAUGUGUGCAUUAUUAUGAAUAUCUAUAUUAAAAGAUGUUUGUCGCUGAAGAUGUAUUGUUAUAUCAUAAUGCAUGUUAGUUCGGAUGAAAACUUAUUAUUAUAGUUAUUUGAACUUUAGCAACUUACAAGUUACAUGUCUUAUAGUAGGUCGUCACACCAGUUCAUAUUCAAGCUAGUAAAAAAACGCUAUUGCUUAUUCAUCAGUAAAAUUAUGGAGUGCUUAAAAGAUAUAUAACAAACUAAAAAAUAAUGAUUCUAUAUCUUCUCAUCUUUGGCGCCUUUAUUUUAGCCAGUCUCCAUUAUUAAGAGAAGAGCAUAGAUCGAUAUUCCUGUUACAGCUUGUAGUUUGUCAAAUUAGUUUGUUACAUAUUUAUACGAAUGUAAAGUUAACAGUAUGAAUUUAUAUGAAUAAAUAUUUCAUGUUGAAUAAAUUG